AGAAAAUAAACCCAGCGGAAAUGUUCCGGCGUAGUUCCAUCGGUUCGUCUACGUUCGACGAUUCUCUCUAGAUUCCGGUUUCGCGAGGACCAACGCGAUAAUGCUGCGAAAGUCGGUCCUGGAGUUGUCAUCACGUUGGUCAAUUAAGAGAUUGCCGAGGAAAUUCACAUCUCAGCAGAGGUACUUAUCCAGUUCUUCAAAAAACCGAUUCGCUUCUGCAUCUGGCGGAAAUGGCUUCCCAGGACCUGAUCCCGUCCGGAAGCCAGAUAACUCAAAAGGUAAUCCUACAAAGGCGAUUCUAGGAAGUGCUGUGGUUGUUGGUGCUUUUCUGGUAGCAUAUCAGAGUGGGUAUUUGGAUCAGCAUCUUGGGAAAGGGCAACAGAAAUCGGAUGAGACAAUUAAGUCCGAUGUUGUUACUGAAAAAAUGGAGGCGGCUCAUCACUUUACAGCAGCACCCAGUGUGGAAGAUUCUGCUCAACGAAGCACGUCCAUGGAUGAUAAGAUUGAAACUCAACCUGAAGCUCCAUAUGUUGAGGCUUCGGGGGGAAUGCAGACUGAAGAAGAAGUGCAAUCCAAGGCUGAUCUAAUACCUGAACAAAGUACAUUUUCACCUUCUAACCAAGAUGAGAUGCUGCAAGAAAGUACCGCAGAUAAGGACGAGGGGAGCUUGCCAGUUUCUUCAGACAGAAACUUGGUAUCUGAAUACCCAAGAACAGAUUCCCAUAUGUCGGCAGAAAUUAGUUCUGAGGCAAAAAGUGUGAAGCUGGAAGCUGAACCAAAGCCAGUGGACAAUGCAAUUCUCGAUGUGCAAUCCAGUUCGAUUAAUGAAGAAAGCAUGCCUCCAUCUGCAUCAGCUAAGGAUCACACCUCUGAAAAGGCCCCCAAGGAUGGAAUUGAGCAGGAAGUAGAUAGACCAGCUUCUCUCCUUGAUGAAUACCAUUUAAAAGGCAGUGACAGCGGGAGCACGGUGACAUUGCCAACCAAAGAGCACCUAACUGAAGAAAAUGAGGCCCUUGUUAACACAAUUGAUGGGCUGAAAGAUGGUAACAUUACGGAGGAUGGAAAGUUGAUACUUGAUUUCUUGGCUGCCAUUCACGCAGCUGAGAAAAGGCAAGCAGAAUUAGAUUCCCAGGUUUUCGCUGAAGAAUUGAGGGCCUUGAAGGAGCAAUACGAAAACGAGUUAAGAGAUCUAAGGGCACGUGAACUAAUGCGUAUAGAGGAGGCAGCAAUAUUAGAUAAGGAGCUAAAAAGAGAGAGAACAAAAGCUGCUGCUGCUAUCAAGGCAAUUCAAGAGAAAAUGGAAGAUAAGCUUAGGAGAGAAAUUGAACAAAAGGAAACUGAAGCUCAAUUGGCUUUGGAAAAAACUCAGGAAUUGGCAAAAGCUGAGUUGGCUUCAGCAAUUGCAAGAGAAAAGGCAUCCCAAAUUGAAAAAAUGGCUGAAGCAGAUCUUAAUAUUCAGGCCUUGUGUAUGGCAUUCUAUGCACGCUCUGAAGAGGCUCGUAAAAGUCAUUCUGUUCACAAGCUCGCAUUGGGUGCUUUAGCACUGGAUGAUGCACUCUCGAAAGGGUUGCCAAUCCAAAAAGAAGUCGACGUGCUCCAGACUUAUCUCGAAGGAAUUCAAAAGGACUCAAUCCUAGAUUUGGUGUUAUCUUCCCUUCCAGAAGAAACGCGAUCUGAUGGAACAGAUACUAUCCUGCAACUGAACCAGAAGUUCAAUACCUUGAAAGGCACACUCCGACACUUCAGUCUGAUUCCACCAGGUGGUGGAGGGAUCUUGGCGCAUUCUCUGGCACAUUUAGCAUCCUGGUUGAAGUUCAAGGAGACCGAUCUCUCUGGGGAAGGAAUCGAAGCUGUGAUUAGAAGAGUUGAUGAAUGCCUGGCCGAGGGAAAACUUGCAGAAGCAGCAACUGUUCUUGAAGAAGGUGUGAGAGGGAGCCAAGCAGAGGAGAUAGUAAGCGAAUGGGUGAGACGGGCAAGGAACAGAGCAAUAACAGAGCAAGCUCUAAUGUUGCUCCAAUCUUACGCCACAUGUUCCAGCCUCACUUGAUGUCAGCCUUUGCUGUUUAAGGUACAAAUAAAUGUCUUUUGAGAUGGAAUUCCAAAGAGUUACUUGAUUGUUGCUUGCUGAUGUUACGGCUACCCUUUUUGUCAGAGGAAGAACAACUUCGCCAUUCUCGUCCUUCUCCUUAGGCUUAGACCUGACUACACAGUUUCCAGUCCAAAUAAAUGUCUCUUUAUGAUGCAAUAUACUGUGAUGAGGUUGACAUGAAGGAAGCUUCUCUGAUAGAAAUGGCAUCAUGUUUUUUGUUGGGUUUUUUCA